ACCUUGUUCAAAGUGCUCGAACUGGCCGGGAAUUCGGUGCAGGACGAUGUGACUGCUAGUGUGAUUUAUCUCGUCGGGGAAUCGACUGACCAGCACGGGUAUUCAGUGAGACGCUUAUGUCGGUUGUUGGAGAACUCGACGGAGCAUCAACCUUUGGUACAAGUAGCCAUGUACUGCCUUGGCGAGUUUGGAACCCCGGCAAUGCUCGACGGUUCCAUUGGCGUGUUGAGCGGUGAAACGGAUCUCGGGCCGAUUUCUGAGGAGACAGUUCUUCGUUUAUAUCAGCAAGUUUUGCAGGCGGGACAAAGAAAUGCUCUCGUCACGCGCGAAUAUGCGCUCAGUUCAGCAAUGAAAUAUUGCACAAGGUGCCAGUCAGUGACGGUAUUGACGCAAUUGAAGGAAUUGGUUUCUUCGUUUGCGACGAAUAUCAGUGUUGAGCUUCAGCAAAGAGGUUUAGAAUUUACCCAGCUGUUUGGUCCUUAUGAGCACUUGAGGAAUGGACUUCUAGAAAGAAUUCCUCCUUUGGAGAAUCGGCAAGCUAUCCGAGAGAAGAACAAGGCUUCCUCUGCCAAUUCUUCCGUUCUUCAGAAAACAGUGGAGUCGGAGGAAGUGAAAUCUGAGCCCCAAGAAACAUCAGGAAGCGCAGCACUUUUAGACCUUCUUAGUUUAGAUAUGGAACCAGCUUUGCCGGCUGCUCCAGCCCCGCUUUCUUCAGAAAACAAGGAAAACCUCUUGGAUAUUCUCCUCAAUUUCGGUGGUGGUGGUGAAGCCCCGUUGGCAACCAACAUUCUUGAAGCACCGACGACGACGACGAGUAAUUCAAUUUUCGACGGAUUCGGUGACUUGUCUUCUUUGAACAGCGUCGUUGAGAAGCCACGAGCUCCAUCUGUGAGCUUCUACGAGAAACACGGGCUCAAACUCGACGUCGUUGAGAAGCCACGAGCUCCAUCUGUGAGCUUCUACGAGAAACACGGGCUCAAACUCGAGUUUGAAUUCUCCAGUGCAGAGAUUGACGUUGUCGGCAUUCCGACUGCCGUGAUGACGCUGACAGCGACCAACUCUGGCGCGGUUCCGGUGUCGAAUUUCCUGUUUCAAGCCGCUGUGCCGAAAACUUUUCAACUCCAGUUGUCGCCGCCGUCGGGGACGACGGUGGGCGGAAGUGGCGGACGUGUGACACAAACAGUCAAGGUGCGGAGUCUCGCUGCUGUGCCGCCGGCGUUGCGGAUGCGAGUCAAGUUGUCGUUUAGUAUCGGAAGCGUGGAUCAGGCGGACCAGUGCGAAAUCAACCAGUUUCCGGCUCUUUGUUGGUCCAACUAG